AUGUUGCCCACCCGAGGUGUAAUAGCGGACUUCCUGAGCGGCGAGUGGCCUAGGGAGGACGGGCCUGGGCUGAUUCACUUUAGGCUCUCUAGAUUCCGCAACUUUGCAGCCACUCUCAUUUCGCCCAUGCCCCCGGCCUGGAUAGCAGUAAUCGGCAACACCGGGCAUGUCUUUGAAUCGGGCGACGCCGGCUGCUGGUACCAUGUCUUGGCUCUUGCGGUGGACCAUAUCCUGGAUAAUUCAUCGGAGGACGACGGCCUGACACCCACCCUCGCCAUGGACGCCUCACCAGCCCCGAAACCUGGGCACCUCCUCUUGAACAUGUUUUUCAAGAUUAAUGGCCCCGGCAUACCCAGAGAAACCCACUAUACACUGCCAACCAAGACGUCAAUGUCGAACAUUGUACGCGACGAGCUGUCCUUCAAAGACGUGCACGAGGUAACCGACUUCUCGCUCUCCAAAUUCCUCGAAUUCGCAGCCCAGUACAUUUCGCCCAUGCCCCAGGCGUGGAUAGCAGUGGCCCGUUACUCGGGCCACGUCUUUGCCUCGGACGACGAAGAAGGCUGGUUCCGCGCCUUGGGUCUUAUCGCGCAGGCCAGGAUGGCCAUCACUUGCCCGUGGCACGACGACGCGGAACCCCCCUUUAUAGCCAUUGUUCCGCUCGAGCAAGACCUGCCGGCGGGUGUAACGACGCACACCUUCAAACACGAGGAUCUGCUCCUCAAGACGAAAGAGUACCUCGGCGAGAGAGCGCCCGAUUUUUUCGAUGGUGACUGCCAACUCCAGAAUUGGCCUCUCCCCGGCGAACUGUCGGACGAGGACCUGUAA